AUGCAUGUUGACAAAAAAACUCAAAAGUAUGACCGCCAACUUCGUUUAUGGCAUGCAAAUGGUCAAACAGCUUUAGAAACAGCUAAAGUAUGUCUCAUUAAUGGUACAGCUACAGGUUGCGAAAUUCUAAAAGAUUUGGUUUUACCUGGUAUUGGGUCUUUUACUGUGGUCGACGGUAAAAUUGUUGAUGGCUCUGAUGUUGGGAACACAUUUUUCUUAGUUCCUGAUAGUAUAGGUAAAAGUAGAGCUGAAGUUGUUACAGAGUUUUUGCAAGAACUAAAUGAAGAUGUUAAGGGAUUUCAUUUACCUGAGAAUCCGAUUGCUCUUAUUGAGAACCAACCAGAGUAUUUCUUGCAAUUUUCUAUCGUAAUCACUACAAAUAUUCCCGAAAAACCUUUACUUAAGUUAGCGGAUACCCUAUGGAAUGCAAAAAUUCCUCUCGUUGUCGUACGAACCGUAGGAUUCAUAGGAUAUUUUCGUAUUGCUUUACCAGAACAUACGAUUGUGGAGACGCACCCGGAAAAUAUUCUUGAUCUUCGAUUAGAUGUUCCUUUUCUAUCUCUUAAACAAUAUGUCAAAACUUAUAAUUUCGAUACAUUAGAUAGUAUGGAUCACGGACAUAUUCCUUACGUAGUGAUCCUUUUAAAAUACCUUGAACAAUGGAAACAAGACCAUGACGGAAAAUUACCUAGUACUUCUGCAGAAAGGAAUGAAUUCAAGCAACUAAUCCAAAGUGGUAAACGCAAUGCUGACGAAGAAAACUUUGACGAAGCUUUGUCAAGCGCAUGGAAGGCUUGUACAGCUACUAAGGUACCUCGUCAAGUCGAAGAAAUCUUUAAAGAUUCAUCAUGCGAGAAUAUAACGGCCGAGUCAUCAAAUUUCUGGAUUAUUGUUCGUGCUAUCCGUGAGUUUGUAUCAAAUGAAGGUUUGCUUCCAUUAGCCGGAAGUGUACCGGAUAUGAAGGCUUACACUUCCGGAUAUGUCGCAAUGCAAAACAUCUAUCGUCAAAAAGCCAAAGAAGACAUAUCUAUUGUUCGUGUUCAUGUCCAUGAUAUCUUAACUUCUAUUGGACGAUCAAUUGAUUCCAUUUCCGAUGACGAAAUAGAUAGUUGUUGCAAACAUGCAUCUUUUAUUCAAGUCCUUCGAUAUAGAUCGUUACAAGAAGAAUACAUAACUGAUCCAAAGAAAUCUGAUAUUGGUCGAUGGUUACGAGAUUCUCAAGAAAGUAUCGUUAACUACGUUCUUAUUAGAGCAAUGGACAGAUUUUAUGAGUCUCAUAAUCGUUAUCCUGACGCCGCGACAUUUUUCCUUGAAGAUGAUGCGGAGGAAGCAAGUGAAGAGGCAAGGUCAGAAUUUAGUACUUUAAAAACUUAUGUCAAUAUUUUAUUAGGUGAAUGGGAUAUUACAAAUUAUCCAGAACAUUUAGAUAAUUAUAUUCAUGAAAUUUGUCGAGCUGGUGGUUCAGAAUUAGCAAACAUUGCUUCUUUACUUGGGGGUAUGGUAUCACAAGAAGUUAUCAAACUCAUCACCAGACAAUAUAUUCCUAUCAAUAAUACAAUAGUUUUUGAUGGUGUAAAGUCAACUUCUUCUUCAUAUAUAUUGUAG